CGCGGUCGGUCCCUCCGAGAGAGGACCAUUCGCUAGAGAGGCGAGUGCGGAGUAAACGGAGGGAAGCGCGAGCGUCGCGGGCGCAAGCGCAAUGAGACACGGAGUGCUCUCGGCGCGCGCCACAUUGAAAGCUUGCGACAUGGUGCGGAGGUGCUCAGUCGCGCGCCAACUCUCACGAGGGUGGUAUCGUCGCAUCGGGUUUUCGCUCGUUCGUCCUCUCGCAGUAGUCUCCCCGUGUGUUGUACCCUGGUGCGAGAGAACCGAGGCAUAGAGCCGAUUGUGCACACGUAGGCGUCAGUAAACCGCGUUGGCGCGCGGAGCGAACACGCGAGCGAGCCGGGACGGACGACGUGCGACGUGCUCGCCCGCUCGAGUUCUUAAACGAGACUGCGUCGACGACGACGACGACGACGACGACGACAACGACGACGACUACGACGACGACGACGACGACGACGACGGCGACGAACGAAACGUGUGGCCGUCGUCCUCGAGGUGUCGGAAAUAUAUAGGAUCAUCAAGUAAGUACUUGGAACAGUGUCAGCAGUCCCGACGCGUGAUUUCGGGGAAACGUCCGUUUGUUGCCGGCGACAGUGGCGAACGGUGACGGUGUGACGACACACGGCGGAUGAUUCUCUCACCGUCGAAGUACCUACCACCCUCUCCUCGUCUUCUGUCGGCUUGUCUCGCGAAGACGUAGUUACGCGCCGCCGCGCCACGACGGCCGCAGGAGAGGGAGACAGACUACGCACGGAUGAACGAGUAGAAGCUGCUUAGGCGGACGUCUCUCUCUCUCGGCGCGCGGAUCGUGCUCUACGCGAUUCGCACUUACGCACGCGCGCACGCGCGUGCAUACAUCACACACACACACACACACACACGCAUACGUACAUACAUAUAUAUAUAUAUAUAUAUAUAUAUAUAACAACACAGGUGAUAUUCGCGCGGUGUGAAGAAAAGUCGCGGUAACAAGACUCGCGCGGGAACUCUCCCUUUGUGAUGUGCUAGUGAAAUGAUGGACUCACCAGUCAUGUACGACACAUCGGCUCAUCAGGCCCAGGCCCAGGGUGCGGGCGAUCUGAAGAAGUCCCAGGUGCUCAACAACAACACCAGCAACCAAAACAACAACACCACGAACAACAACUCGACGCUGCAGGUGAAUCACAACCACAACCAGCAGCAGAACAGCGCGGUGGUGAGCAAGGUCUCCGCCAGCAAGGCGAGCUUGCACCAGCAAUACGCCGAGCACUGCGCCGCAUCCGGCGAGCUCACUGACCUCAAUACCCCGGAGAUCUCGCUGGAUCUGCAGCACCUGAUCGACGACAACCACUUCAACGACGGGCUGUUGGACAUGCUCGGCGCCAAUAACAGCGCCGUCAAACAUGUCAGAACUUAUCCCCGCGCGACUCCUCUUGCCUACAUGCCGCAGCCUGUGCACAGCGGUGCGAGCUACCAUCAAAGCAACAACAGCUGCAGCGAUAGCAACAGCUCGAGCUCAGAAUCGCCCAGCAUCAAGGAAGAGCCGCUGGACCCGGCGGAUUACCGGCGCCAUUGCCCUCAAUAUCCACCGGCCGGUUACAGUCCAGUGACGAACAGCCCCUUCGCGAAUGGUGCUCCGACCUUCACCACCUUGACGCCGUCCACGGUGCCCGGCGGCCAUCCUGGCGCGCCGAACGUUCACCAGCCGCCGCGAGGCGGCCCCAUGAAGCCGGUGAUGGCUCAUCAGCAUCACGCGGCGGCCAACGUUGCCAGGAAGCAGACCAAGGCUAUCGACAAGGCGAGCGACGAAUACAGAAGGCGACGGGAGAGGAACAACAUCGCCGUGAGGAAGAGUCGCGAGAAGGCGAAGGUACGGUCACGCGAGACCGAGGAGAAGGUGAAGAUGUUGGUGAAGGACAACGAGAUGCUGAAGAAGAGAAUCGAGCUGCUCACCGAGGAGCUCAACGUGCUCAGGUCGCUCUUCAGCAGUGUCGGCGUGGUGCCCGAGCAGUUGCACCGCGAGAUCUCCAGGCACCUCGACCAGUUCCAGCAACACGCGGUUGGACCCAUGUAGCGCACAACCAUCAGCGUCGCGGCGCAGUCGUCAUGCAAUGUUCGCAGUCGCGUACCGACGACGCAGUCGUCGUCCGACAUCAUCGUGGACUCGCGUCCCUGGGCUAUCAAGCCGAUCCGAUUGUGAGGCGAAGUCGCUUCUUCCGUUUCCUCCCGCGCCUCUUCUUCGGCUUCACCGCGUGCGCCUCUGUAGAAGUGGUCUCCCGUGCUCUCUGACUUCUCCUCCUCUCGCUCACUCGCUCACUCGCUCAUCCUCACACCCGCUCUCGAUCUCUCUUCUUCUUCCUUCGUCUUUCGCGUCUUCGAUCUUUAUCUCUCGCUCGCGACUCCGGAGCGCGCGAUGGAAGCGCACGUGCGUGCCGACAGUUGUCGUUAACGCGACAUAGAGUCGCGAAGGCGCGAGCAUCUGAGAGAGAAAGAAAGAGAGAGAGAGAGAGAGAGAGAGAGAGUGAAGAGGGGAGUCGGCGAGCCGCGUAGGAGGAUGAUCGGGAAGCGACCUACUCGAGGCGAGCUUGGCUGAGGAACGCGGUCAACUUGAUGCGCGUGCUGGUAAAAAAGAAAAGAUACCUCUAUCCGCGGGAUAUGAGCCCUUUGCUCGAAGAAAGGGAGAAAGUGCCGUCCGGACACUGAAAGGGGAGAAGAGAGGCGCGAGGAGAGACGAAAACCGGAGGCGGUAAACCGUGAGAAAUCGCUCGCGCCGAUCCAAUCAAAUUGCGAUCUUGCGAAGCAAUAUUAUCGUUGUCAGGAAACGUCCCGUGAAUCGGAGAGUGAGAGAAGGAGAGGGAGAAGGAGCGAUAAUAAGGAUGGUUGGGAUCUUUAUGGCUCUUCGCUCCCUCCCGCAUAUCACCUUCGCUACUCGGGGCCCGAAGCGACUUGUUUCUUGUCGGUAUCUCGCUCGGUGUCGUUCUUCCCUCGACGCACUUUCGCACGAUAAGAUCGUAAGAUUUUGCGCAGCGCCGGUCCACCGAAGGACCUCUCUUCCCGAGGGACCAGCGGAGGAUGUCCUCCACGGUGUGGGCGCUCGCAAAAUCGCAACACUGAGGCGAGCCGACGGAUCCUCCAACUAAUCACGGCCUCUCGAUGAUUCACGCGAGCAUUCUCACCUUAGUUGUACACUACGUUUCGCAUGUACCACAAGACGGCACCUAGUGACGCCUCCAACGCGAAAGACACGUACACGUCGUUGUACCUAGAUUCGGUUCUUAGUUAACGAUAAAUUAAUGAACUUAGGUUAUCGCCCUCCUUUCAAUUACCAAGUACCUAAAAAGGAAAAAAAAGCAACAACCACGUCGAGACUGCAUCGGCAACGACGAUCCGUUCCGUCCGUCCCGACGUGGUUUUAACAGUCGACACCGACCCUCCCUCACCCACCCCCCUCUCCACUUCUCGAUACGUACUCGCUUCCGUAUUCGCACUUUCGGCGAGACGCGGCUGGACAACAACAACAACAACCGAGCAUCCCCCACAACGCCCUUGUAUUAUAUACUUUUAGCUUUUAUUAAUUUUAUUAUUAUUAUAUUCGAGAUUUAUGUACAUAAAAAGCUAAUAUAUUUUGUUAGAAAAGUGGAGAGCGUGUGCGUGAGCGCGCGUCUGCGUGCGCAAGAGCGUAUGGCACGUAUGUAACGAUUGUGUGUACGCGUGCAUGUGUGUGUGUGUGUGUGUGUGUGUUGCGAAUGCAUGGUACAGCGCGCGUCGUACGAAUGCGUCGUGAGACGAAUUGUUGUAAUUGUAUAUUUUAUCAGCGACGACGACGAGUCCGAGAGAGAAGGAGAGACAGCCGCUUGGCUCAAGGAGCGAGAUGAAUCUUACCCGAGAGAGCAUUCUUGAGUACUACGCGAGCUUGCGGCUGCAUCAAGCGGAACUUCACCUUCGCGUUUACCUGUAUAAAAUCCGAUACCAGCGACAGAGCAGUAGCGCAACCGGUGUGUGUUCGUCACGGUAACACACAACAACGUACGCGUGCAUGCGCGCGAUUCGCGUGGAUUUAAUUCGGGCGGAGGCGCGCGGGCGCGCGCGACUGUGCGUGUGCCGAGUUACGUUACGGCGAGUGUGAAUGUGUGACGGUUACGCACGCGUGCCUUUGGUGUAUGACUGACGUAUGUUAGGUACGAGAUUACCUGUCACGGUUGUCUUCUUGUCUAUGCACAAAUAUAUUUUGAUAUGAAACGUG